UGCUUCUCCCUGCAGCGGGCAGACAGUAGUAGCUGCUGUCAGAUCCGAUCGGAAGUCUACUGUGGGACUUCCUGGUUUCUGUAAUCAGACAACAACAGCCGUCAGACUCCUCUCCGCCCUAACCCUUCACAGUGGAAUCACCUGGUGAGUGUGUGGCAUCGCGGUGUUUCGCGUAAAGAGGUUUAAUCACAGUGGGAUCACCAGUGAUGUCCGCCUCGGCUGGAUGCUCCCCUGCGGGCCCGGGCUCAGGCCUGGCUCCCGGGAUGUCCAUGUUCCGCUGGCUGGAGGUGCUGGAGAAGGAGUUCGAUAAGGCCUUCGUAGACGUGGAUCUACUGCUGGGGGAGAUAGACCCGGACCAGGUGGACAUCACCUACGAGGGCCGGCAGAAGAUGACGAACCUGAGCUCGUGCUUUGCUCAGCUGUGCCACAAAGCGCAGACGGUGUUCCAGCUCAACCAUAAACUGGAGGCUCAGCUGGUGGACCUGCGCUCCGAGCUGACUGAUGUGAAGGCUGAACGGGCGGUGCUGGAGCGGGAGGUGCACGACCAGCUCCUGCAGCUGCACGCUCUGCAGCUGCAGCUCCACGCCAAGCAGGGCCAGGACGAGGACUCGGACGCCAUCAAAGACAAACUGCCUGCACCAACAAUGGAUCACAUGGAACAGGAGCUGGAGGCCGGCAAGAAGAAGAAGUUAGCCGAGGCACGUCUGGAGGCUGAAGUGAGACUGUACAGGAAAGAGAACGAGGCCCUCCGCAGGCACAUGGCGGUACUGCAGGCUGAGGUGUAUGGAGCCAGACUGGCUGCCAAAUACCUGGACAAGGAGCUGGCUGGCAGGGUGCAGCAGAUCCAGCUGCUGGGUCGGGACAUGAAGGGACCAGCUCACGACAAACUGUGGAACCAGCUGGAGGCUGAGAUCCACCUGCACCGCCACAAGACCGUCAUCAGGGCGUGUCGAGGACGCAAUGACCCAAAGAAACCCCUGCCCUCCCCUGUGGGACACGAUCCAGACAUGCUGAAGAAGACGCAGGGAGUUGGACCCAUCAGGAAGGUGGCGCUGGUCAAAGAGGACCAUGAGGGGCUGGGGAUCUCCAUCACAGGGGGGAAAGAGCACGGAGUUCCCAUCCUGAUCUCAGAGAUUCACCCCAGUCAGCCUGCAGACAGAUGUGGCGGUCUGCACGUGGGCGACGCCAUCCUCGCCGUCAACAGCAUCAACCUACGAGACGCCAAACACAAGGAGGCUGUGACCAUCCUGUCCCAGCAGCGGGGACAGAUAGAAUUCGAGGUGGUGUAUGUGGCUCCAGAGGUGGACAGCGAUGAUGAGAACGUGGAGUAUGAAGACGACAGUGGACAUCACUACAGACUGUACCUGGAUGAACUGGAUGACAGCAGCACAGCGCCCCCCAGCAACAGCUCGGCGUCACUGCAGGCUCUGGAGAAAAUGUCUCUGAGUAACGGAGCGGAGAACGGAGGAGCAGACACCGGGAUCUCCAGUGAGACGCCUUCAGACGAAACUCCAUCCAAGCCUCCAGAGAGCGACGGCUCGUCCUAAAGGCCCGGCCAGGUCGCUGCAGAUUUCACAGGAGGAUUGUGGGAAAAUCCUAGUCAGAACUGAAUCAACGGAUGAAAUGAGAAACAGAGGGAUGAGGGAGAACGAACAGAAACGUCUGUUUUCUCUUGUCCCUCCCGGUGUUGUGGGAGUGGGAGGGGGUGGGGGUUAAGUCUGGGCUUGUGGCAAUGAUUCAGGUUUAACAGGUCAGGCUUUGAAAGAGAUGUAAAAUACGUAGAGGAGUCAGCGAUGCCGAACAACGGGGGACUUUCUGGGGUCUUUUAUUUCCAUAUUAAUCCGCUGUUACAAAUCAGCUGUUUGUCAGGAACACAGGGAGAGGGUCGCAUAAAUAUCUUCAGGUGUCAUUUUAAGAUGUUUAGUUUUUCAUCUGGCCAACAACACUACAACACUAAUCACCCUAAUCCAUGAGAGCAAGAAUAUGUAUUGAUAGAUCGACAGAAGAAAGUAAACCUACUCAAAUCUCCUCCGACAUGAAUGAGCAUCAUACAAGUCAAAGUAAGGCCUUUAAAGCUCUUCACAUUCAGUCCUUUGAUACACCUCCUGUUUCCACCGAAGCACGUUUAAACCUUCGUUCUAAAAACAGAGAAACUUUUAAAGGUUUGAAGACGCGGGCUGGACUUUGGAUCCAGCAUUAUGGAUUAGACAGAUACUGAACACUGGGAGCUAAAGAUGCGUUCAGACCAAAAUGUAUGAUGUAUUUUAUGCAGCGUGAUGAUAUGUUGAGUCGACCCAAAGACACGCGUCAGGGCAGAGUCACAGAGUUGUCACGCGUUUAGAGCGUCAGAGAAAAACGAGCACUCUGUUUUUUUCCUGUUCUUUUUUCUUCACACCGUCUACAAAUCUGCACCAUAAUGUAGUUAUUCCAGCCUCCUGUCAACCUUUCAUUGUGAUUAAAUCAAAGGAACAUCUAUUUAUUUUGGGUUUAUAGCUUGCAGUUCUGCAGAGUUCAGCUGACUUCAGAGCUGACCUGCCAGAUACAGUGAAACUGAGACUCAGGCAAGACAGAUGGACAGGCGUCCCACAUCUGAGACAGAACUCUGGUAGUUGGUGUCCAUCAGAGAAAUGCUGGUGCUGAUCCCAAGUCAUCAAACUGGUGCACCCUAAAAUCACUGGAAGCAGCCCGGGACGUGAACCCAGCUGUGUGAGCAUGAUGGAGGUUGGUUUUCAGAUGUUUCUGGAAGGCUGGUUCUUAGCGGGUCGUGCUUUAAAUAUAAACCAGGUACAGAUCUGACUCUUCCUCCAAACACGACUCUAAAAGGAGGCGUGAUAGAUCUUUGAAGAUGAAAUAGUUACUCAUAGCUCUGAAGUGUUGGUUAUUUCUGAAAUCAAACAUCAAAUGCACAAACAUUUGACCUCCAAAAUUAAAACCAUCUUAGUAUUAUUGAUGUUUUUCUCUGAUGAAUCACUGAUGUUAGUUUAAAUAUAUAAUAUAUAAUGUUAUCUAGCCUCCUCUUGUAUCUAACUACAGAUUGUACACACAAUGUAGAAUCUGUAACUAGGGGACUAGCUUCUGUUUGGUACAACUUGGAUUUUAAAUGAACUACAAUCAGGCGUCAGCAGGAUUUGGUGUCUGCUGGAAAAACAGUCCGUAUGGAGAGCAGAAGCAGGCGGGACACAUUUCACUGUAAGGACAUCCGUGCUUCCAUCAGCUGUAAUCUGAGGACCAUUUAUUUAUCUCCAUGAACAUGACUGAAUGCCAGUGCAGCUGACGAUCUAUUCUAGAUCUGAUAUCUACACUGAGACACAAAUCUGCUGGAUGCUGUGGCACAAAAGCCAACCUGCGUUAAGUUUUCACGACUUCAGGAAUGCAUCAGAAGUGGUUGGAUCAGACCUCUAUUCUACAAAAAGCGUUUUAAAAAGUCAGUUUGAGGACAGAGCGGAUAAAACUUGACUUAUUACCGUUAAUAAAUGUGCAUCAUGAUGUUAUUUCAGCAAACGUAAGACCCGAAACCAGAGAGAAGCAUCUGAUGAUUUACAGUGAAACUGAGACUCACCAGGAACUGAUGAAUGAACGCUCCUGUGAGGGGUACCAUGGACCAAGAAAUGAUGGUGUUCAGUUAGCGGACAUAUCUGAAGGAGAGAAUUUCCCAUCACUUUUGAUCUGAACACACAGUUGCUUCUCAAGUUGCUGAUUGGACCGUGAACGAUGCAGCGAUAACGGUCUCAUCGUCAGGCCAAAGUUAAGGGUUCUGAGAUUGAGUGUUUUACUAACAGCAACAGUAGCUGUUCAACUAAAAUCUAUCUACUACCAAAAUCCCAAGUUUGAUGUAUAUAGAGUCAUAGAUGACUUGCGAUCUGUUGUCUAGAACACUCCGGACCCCUCCAGUGUCUUUAAACACAGUCUAAUUAUUUGAGGUAUAUUCAGGGAGUCAGUGUCAAGUCAUAAAUCUCUUUCGAAGCAGCUUUUAGCAAAACAAUCACCCAGAAGAGAAAAUACUGUAGAAUCAUCUCAGUCUGGAGGAGGAGGAGGAGGAGUGUUCCUGCAGAUCACUUUAAAACCUUUAAAAAGCAUGUUACAACUUCAACAACAUGAAAUCCUAGACAAUGUAGUAAUGUGUACCUGACCUUUGACCCCUGACCCUCUGUUGUACCUACUCCUGCCUCCCGUUGAUCUUGCUCCUUCACGUACAUAUUCCUCAGUGUGUGUGAUGCACAGGACAGCACAGUGACACCUGUAUGAAAUACUGUAAACAAUCAUUGUUGAUGGCGGGGUCUUUCUUUGCCGUGUGUCACUGUGUUUGUGUGUUUUUUUUUAAUGUGUGACAUCCUGUUGUAUCUUGUAUUUAGUCAGGAGCUCCUCACAGUGAAAUGCAGUAACAGAUUUGCUCUGCUCUGAUUGGACGGUUUGAUCCUCUGGCAGAUGAGAGGAUACUUAGUUUAUUGUGUGUAUCAGCACUGCCUCUCGUCAGUGCACAAGCCCAAAGGAACUCAAGUUACUGAAACCUUUAGCGUCACAUGACUCUGUGGCAUCACAGCGUCACGUGACCACUUCUUCUUUGCUUUCUGUUGUUUUGUUUUCUCUGCACUCGGUGUCUCUACACAGAUAAUGUGCGUCAGGUUAUGUAUUCAUGUAGAACAUUUAUUUAGCCUUUAAAUAAAGUUUGGUUCCAGUUUGAUUUAUCCUUAA